UAUUAUCUACUGCAUCGUCGUCCCCGGAAAGCUUGUAAACAAUGGCAGAUUCAGGACUGACUUUUCAUCGAGUUUUUACGAAAGUACAGUCCACAUUACCUCACUGUAUUGAGAAUAAUGAUGCCCAAUCUAUUACCGACAUCUUCUCAUCAAAAAUUAAUGAAACAACAAAACAUUGUGUGGAAUCUGCUGUCCGUAAUUACGUAACAAAGACGGUGAUCAAUGGAGAAUUGACAGAGAUAGACACCAUCAAAGCAGUAACAUCAAUAUGCAUAGAGCUGGUCAGAAAUGAAUUAUGUCUUCCAACACUUCCUGUUUUGGUCCUCUCUGAUUCCUUUGACAUGCUGACCAUAACUCAGUGUGAAAAAUUAUUUACAUUUGUUGAAAGCAAUGUCAGUGUAUGGAAGGAAGACACAUUCUUCGCUCCAUGCAAGACCAGCGUUCUUCGCAUGUGUAAUGAUCUACUUCGUAGGCUUUCUCGCUCCCAAAACACAGUAUUUUGUGGACGAAUCCUUUUGUUCUUGGCCAGAUUUUUCCCAUUCUCUGAACGGUCAGGGUUGAACCUCAUCUCAGAAUUCAACCUGGAAAAUGUCACUACUUUUACAAAUGUGGAGACAGAAAUGGAAGAAGAUGAGGGAACCGAUAAAGGAGUUGAUGGACGACUUAAAUUGGACUAUACACUUUACACCAAGUUCUGGUCUUUGCAGGAUUUCUUUAGAAAUCCUGUGCAAUGCUUCCAAAAAGCACCAUGGAAGAUGUUCACAACGUACUGUGGGGAUGUGCUGGAAGCCUUCAGGAGCUUUAAACUGGACAAUGUUCAAAGCAGUGGAACUUCUGCAGCUCGUCUUUCUAGGACAUUAUCGGAACCUGUUCCAACAGAAGGAAAUUCUACUUUGCAGCCUCAAGUGGAUCAGUACUUUGCCAAAUACUUAACAAACCAGAAACUGCUUGACCUGCAGUUCUCAGAUGCCAAUUUCCGCCGUUAUGUGUUGCUGCAGAUCUUAAUUUUGGCUCAGUACCUCACCUCAGACAUCAAGUUUAAGCAGGAAAAGCUAACAGAAGAGCAGCAUGAAUGGGUAAAGAAAACAGAAGAGCUUGUUUACACACUCUUGGCAGAAACACCCCCAGAUGGACCUGUGUUUGUCAAGACAGUGAAGCACAUUUUAAAAAGAGAGGAAAUGUGGAGUGUUUGGAAAAAUGAGGGAUGCCCAGAAUUCAAAAAAACAAGUGUUAACACUUUACAUAACAAUUCUACUCAUCAGUCUGAGGAAAUGGAGGAUGCUGACUUGAAAUCCCCUGCGAAGAAGCGGCCCAAGCGAAAACUUGGAGACCUGGUCCGAGAUUUUGAUAAAAAGAACAAACAUACAGGAGUCAAUAAUGAAAUGACCCGCCUCUGGAAUCUAAAACUGGACAACUUGGAUGCUUGCAAGAUGGCAGAGAGAGAUUUUGUACCUGCACUUGAAGAUUACUUCACACAAGCCAUUGAGCAACUCUCUCCAAAGUCAGAUGGGAAAGAACAGGACAAAUUGGUGAAUGACAGCAAUUUCGGUUGGAGAGGUCUGCGACUGUUGGCCUGUCGUUCUCCACACUUUUUCACACACUCUGCCAGCCCCAUUGCCACCUUGCCAGAAUAUCUAACAACAAUGAUCAAGAAGUUGGCAAAGGAACUUCCUUCACAGCUUUCAGAAGACAUUAAGGUAGAUGAAGAAGACAACAAGGAAGAGGAUAAGGUGAUCCCAGUUCUAGAACAGAAUGAUGGAGUGAAGGAAGAUGAAGAGGACAUGGAGGAUGACACAGCAGAAGCAGAGAGACCAGAGAUCCGUGCCAUCAAUUUAGAGGAGCAAAGAGCCCUAGCAAAGAACCUUGAAAAGAUUGGUGGAGACAAGUGGAAGGUCUUGGCCAAGAAACUCGGAUUUCAGAGUGAUGAGAUUGAGUACAUUGAAAGUGAGAAGAGCAAAGACAACGGUACUGUGGCAGAUCAAGCAGCCCUUAUGCUUCAGAUCUGGGUUGAGAAUGAAGGCGAAGAAGCCAGCAAAGAGAAUCUUCUGUACACUCUUGGUGGCUUAAAGAUGACAGAAAUUGCUGACGGUGUUUUCACUUGAGUCUGAAUUGAGUCUUUUUUUUUUGGGGGGGGGGGUCUUUUAUUUCAUUAUCAUGAUUUUUUUUCUUUAUUUUUUCACAAUUGUUAGGCACUUGAGGUGAGUAAUAUUGUGGUCAUGCAGAAUAGGUUGACAUUUUAUUGUACCAUUUUAUUUCUUGUUAUCUAGCACAUCUAAUGUAAAAUAAUAAUAAAGUAAUAAAGAAAUUAAAAAUUAU